UCACCCAACUUGGAAGUUUUCAUUGUUUUACAAUAUUGAAAUAGUAAAUAAAAGUAAAAAAAAAAAAAAAAAAAAAAAAAAACACUUGUCAAAGAUCACUGUAGUUUAAAUUAAAUUAGUGACUAUGUUCUGUCACGUUUUUAUUUUUUGUUGUGAAGCCGUUUGUGUCUUCUGCUGUGGAAAACGUACACAUCAAACAUGUAGAUGUUUUACUCACAAUGCAAAGUUCAGAAGUUUGACACGUCAUAUACUCACUUUAAACUUAUUAUAGCUGUAAGUUUACGUUAUUACUAUAUCUCUACCAUUAACAACUUCCUUUACUUUCUCACUGAAAAUAGAACAAGAUUUGUAUUUAUAUUCAGGCAGUGUCAUAAGUUGAAACAAAAUUAGCAAUGUAACAUUUAAUGUGAGUUAUCUUGACUCUUACCUUCAACUUUGUAAUUGUUUUAACAGAUGAACCAAAUGCAGCAGUUGUUAUAUUCAGACAGACAUUAUGACAAAAACAUUUAUACUUCAGUUAAUGUUUUUUAUUCAGAAUUCAGAAUUAAAAUGUUCUUGUAAUAAAAAGUGUUUGUUGUUUUAAUGUUUUAAAUCUUUGUCUUCUUCAAUUUUCACAAAAACUGAACACUAAAAAAAUAAAGUUCUGUCCAAAGGUCAGACCAAUGACACUAAAUAAAUACAUGCACACAAAUCACAUUUUGUGUUUGCAGUUGUCGUGUUUGAAUUGGAGCUCAGUUGAAGGUGAAUUAACCAAACUCUGUUUGUUUUCCUUUCUUUUUUUCUGCAGUGUGCGCCAAACUGAAGAAACCGAAUCAAGAUGGCCGACGGUCUCUCAGUCACACCCGGACAUACAGGCGGCGACAGUGUCGAGAGAAAUCAGGCAUUCCUCUGUGUUCAGAUGAUGACUGGGUUUCUAAAUGCCCCUCUGGCUGCAGACUCCAGGGUUUGAUCUCACAGAUGGAAAGUGAAGUGCAGAGAAAACUGUGGAUGGUUUGUAAGGCUGCACAGAUGUAUGCAGAUGCAGCUGAGAAGACCAUGACAACGAUGACACGCAUCUACAACUCGAACCGGAGAGUCAUAGUCAACAGAUACGUGUCAGAGCUGAAGUUUGUGGAACAUGCAGAAGAGAUGUCCAGGAAUCUCACGUCGCUACAGAAACGAUCGUCCGGUCUGUCACAGCAACUCAAGGAGCUGCACCGCAGGGUCCAGAAGCAGAUUGAGGAGUUGUAUCGAACAGAGGUGGACAUUGACGUGAAGUUGCGAGCCUGCACCGGGUCCUGCCAAUCAGCACUACCGUUCACCGUCAAUCAUCUCAGUUAUCAGACGCUUCAAACUUACAUGGACCAGACGGACAUGACUCUCAACCAGAGAAGGAAAGCUGCUGCACCUCCUGAUGACAUCCCACACGUCACCCUGCAGACUGUAGAUGUAGGCCCAGCACCAUCUGCAGAAUAUAAGACCAUCCCGACAGUCCAGAGAGAACUGUUGACCCAGUUUGAGGACAUUGGACAGAAUCAGUUGGUUCUUGAGGACCUGCUGGAGGACUCUGUGGAUGUGCAGGUUCUUACUCUUGCUGAGCUGGAAUGAAAGGGUUUAUUUUUUGUUUACCUGGUGAGCAUUUCUAGUUUACAGAGUGACAGACAUCUCUAUUACCUCCCUUUGAAAAUACUCUCACAUAUUACAGAAUACUCAGUCAGCUGUUAAAAGCUCUCAUUACCUCCUUUCAACAGCCAGACACAUUUGAAUAUCUGAGCACACACUCCUCUUUCUGUGUUAUUUAUUUCAGUGUCUGCCUUUCGGAUGGCAUUUGAAAAGAUACGUUAAAGCACAUGUACACUCAUUUCUGUGUAUCCAACCCACUGCAGGUAUUUCUUCAGUUAUAUUUGUAUUUUGUAUACUCAUGGCUCAGAUAAUAAAAAUGUGUUCAGGCCAUUGUUUUGCACAUUUCUGUUACUUGUUCUGGGCGGCACAGCAGUGCAAUGUGCAAUGUUCAAACCCCGGUUUGCCCGCACAUGUUCUCCUCCAUGAAUUUCCUCCAGCUUUGUACCAUAGUCCAAAGACUUGCAGAUAACCGGUGACCCGUAGGCAUGAACGUGAGUGUGAAUGGUUGUCUCUAUAUAUUGUCCCUGUGAUAGACUGGUGAUCUGUCCAGAAUGUACCCCAACUAUACUGCUACUUGUAAUCCUAUUUUGUGGUUAUAGAAUAAGGUUAAUUAAUGAAAAUUGAACAUUAUUCACCCGUAUUGACAAGAUGCACUUGUCUUGAACCCUAAUUUGCUUCCUAGCACAUUUCUAGAUUGUAUGUUUUUCUGUUUUCUUUUGACAAGCUGCAGCAGGAAGAAGCAAUUCAGCAGUUAGAAUAAGAAAAAUAACUUCAUUCAUGUGUUCAUUAUCUAUACCACUUAUCCAUUAAGGGUUGCAGGGGGACUGGAGCCACAGGUCCAGAAUAAUAACUUGAGUAAGCAAAUUUUUGUUUCUGAAGUGCAGUAAAUUAACAGACAGACCAGACAGAAAGUAUGUUCCUCAAUGUGUUUAUUGAGUAGUGGAGGAUAGUUGACAUCAACUCAUCCUAGUAGUGCACACUGAAGACGUCACACAUAACAAGGACUGAUCACAGUCAUUUACUCACAACCAGUUAGGUUUCUGUUCUUAUCUGUGGAAUUUAUCUGACAUUAUUUAUCUUCUCUUCAUUUAUUCUUUUGUUUUAGACGCUUAAUGCUUCAUGUUGCUUUUAACAGACGUUAUUUUCUUCACCUUCAUUUCUUUCACACACUGUCCUGACAAAUUGGGUGUAAAUGUGUGUG